AUGCCCAAGGGUCGUCCAGACGAUGUCACCAGCUCCUUGCGCAAGCUUACCCUCAACCCUCAGGCCGCAGCUCCAGGGAAGCCCAAGCCGAAGCUCGAUGACGGCAUAGAGGCGUUGCUGGAAAAAGUGACAGCGAAGGCCAAACCCUUCGUGGUUCGCUACCCGACGUUGAAGAAGAAGCCGAAAAGCAAGACCUCAGGGGUUCUGGCUCCUGCUCAGCCGAAGACCAAGGUACCAGUGAAUGUGGGCCCGGCCCCUGCUAAAUCGAUGAGCAAGGCUCCAGUGGCCGCUUUGUCGUCGGCCUCGAGGAGCGGCGAUAAGUACAAGUCCGCUCCUAUUAAGGAUUAG